GGGAGGCUCUGCCUGCGACUUCCCUGCUCCGUCUGGCUGCGGACUCUGCUGCUCGGUCGGCGGCUCCUGAAAGCGAGUUGGGUCCCUGUACCCCUGUAGGAUUCCAGAUCAAAGUGGAAAAAAUGGUUGACCUUGCCCAGCUAAUGGAAAAUGAAGUAUUCAUGGCAUUUGCCUCCUACACAACGAUCGUUCUUUCAAAAAUGAUGCUUAUGAGCACUGCAACUGCAUUCUAUAGAAUGACAAGAAAGGCUUUUGCCAACCCGGAAGACUGUGCAUCCUUUGGCAAAGGAGAAAAUGCCAAGAAGUAUGUUCGGGUAGAUGACAGAGUAGAACGCGUACGAAGGGCCCACCUGAAUGAUCUUGAAAAUAUUGUGCCAUUUCUUGGUAUUGGCCUCCUGUAUUCCUUAAGUGGUCCAGAUCUCUCUACAGCUAUCCUGCACUUCAGACUCUUUGUCGGAGCACGGAUCUACCACACAAUUGCAUAUUUGUUACCCCUUCCCCAGCCAAAUCGUGCUUUAGCCUUUUUUGUUGGAUUUGGAGUUACUUUUUCAAUGGCUUACAGAUUGCUGAAGACUAGACUGUACCUGUAAGGGGAGUCAUACAACUCACCAUCCAAUUAUUUUCUAAGAUUCUGUACUUACAAUUUUAUAAUGAAUACUUUUUAAGAUUUUAAGUGGGAGGGAGCAGAGAAAUUAGGGUGGGGACAACCUAUUUUGAAUCUUAACAUCACCAAUAUCCUUUACUCUUGUGUUUAUAUUUGUGCUAGAAAUUUAAUGUAAUUCUUAAAUGUUUUUUCUUCUCCUUAAAGUACGUUGUUGUAAAUUUUGAUUAUAAUUUGUAACAUUUGUUCACCAUUUCAUAUUUUAAAUCUAUAAAAAGGGUGAGUGUAUGAGAAACUUAUUUUAAUGUUGCUGAAAUAGGCAUAUGAAAUAAAGAAUUUAAAGAAUAA